UCAACUCGUUGUCAGAUUAGACCCGCAUAUCUCUCUCCCAAGUCCCAAGUCACACCGAAACCGAACCCAUCGCUGCCUUACUGUCGGAGAUGGGCAACUGCAACGGCUUACCGUCCAACGGCGAUCAACUCCAACCAGGCGGAGCAGCAAACUUACAUGCGCCACCCCCAACCAACAACGUCAUUAACGUGCGCCCCGAUGAUAAACCUACGCCGCCUCCUUCCAUCCUGCACCAAGGCCCACAGCAACCUCCGUCCUUCGUUCAUCGUCCACUCUCAAGCACCGGCCGCGUCCUCGGCCGUCCGAUGGAAGAUGUACGGUCCACGUACAUUUUCGGGCGCGAGCUCGGCCGUGGUCAGUUCGGUGUCACCUACUUGGUCACACAUAAGGAAACUAAACAGCAAUACGCCUGUAAAUCCAUCGCCACUCGUAAGCUCGUCAAUCGUGAUGACAUCGAGGACGUCCGCAGGGAGGUUCAGAUCAUGCACCACCUCACGGGGCACCGUAACAUAGUGGAGCUGAAAGGGGCGUAUGAGGACCGUCAGUCAGUGAAUUUGGUGAUGGAGCUAUGUGAAGGUGGUGAGCUGUUCGAUAGAAUCAUUGCCAAGGGUCAUUACUCUGAACGAGCGGCUGCGGCGUUGUGUCGUCAGAUCGUGACCGUGGUUCAUAAUUGCCACUCCAUGGGGGUGAUGCACCGGGAUCUUAAACCUGAAAAUUUUCUGUUUCUGAGUAAGGAGGAGGAUUCCCCUUUGAAGGCCACAGAUUUUGGGCUAUCCGUUUUCUUUAAACCUGUGGAAGUAUUCAGAGAUCUUGUUGGAAGUGCAUAUUAUGUAGCUCCAGAAGUGUUGCGACGAAACUAUGGGGCUGAGGCUGAUAUUUGGAGUGCUGGAGUGAUACUCUACAUUCUUCUUAGUGGUGUCCCGCCUUUUUGGGGAGAGAAUGAGCAAGGUAUUUUUGAUGCUAUUCUUCGAGGUCAUAUUGAUUUCGUGUCUGAUCCUUGGCCUUCUAUAUCCAGUAGUGCUAAAGAUCUUGUGAAGAAGAUGCUAAAGCAUGAUCCAAAAGAGCGACUUUCUGCAGUGGAAGUUCUAAGCCACCCAUGGAUCAGAGAAGAUGGAGAUGCAUCUGACAAGCCAAUUGAUAUUGCAGUUUUAACCAGAAUGAAGCAGUUCAGGGCAAUGAACAAACUCAAAAAAGUAGCUCUGAAGGUUAUUGCAGAAAAUCUUUCUGAAGAGGAGAUCAUGGGGUUGAAAGAGAUGUUCAAAUCCAUGGACACAGAUAACAGUGGAACAAUCACUUUUGAGGAAUUGAAAGCGGGUCUUCCGAAACUUGGUAGCAAGCUUUCUGAGUCUGAAGUUAGACAGUUGAUGGAGGCGGCUGAUGUGGAUGGAAAUGGAACCAUUGACUAUAUUGAGUUUAUAACAGCUACAAUGCACAUGAAUAGAAUGGAGAAAGAAGAGCAUCUAUAUAAAGCCUUUGAGUAUUUUGACAAAGACAAGAGCGGGUACAUUACAAUGGAGGAAUUGGAACAAGCCCUCACGAAGUACAAUAUGGGAGACAUGAAAACCAUAAAGGAAAUAAUUGCAGAAGUUGACACAGAUCAUGAUGGAAAGAUUAACUAUGACGAGUUUGUAGCCAUGAUGAAGAAAGGUAAUCCCGAGUUGGUUACCAACAGACGCCGCAAAUAAGUUAAAGUUUGGGUAGAAAUUUUGCUAAGCUCACGUCAAUUGGCCUACGUAUUGUGUUUAAAUUAUUAUGGCCACAUGUUUUGCUGUAUGAUUUGUGGUUCCCUGCAGUCCAGUCCCUUUUGAAAGUUAGAGACCAGUCUUCUACAUAUCCAUAGGAUGGAUUUAUCCUUUUGUUUGGUGGUGAGGGCAGGGAGAAUUCAAUGCCAGACUGGAAGAUUUGAGUAAAAUUCUAGCAAGGUAAUGAUCCCAUACCUCAUAACUGAUAAAAAAAGAUCCCAUACCUCGUGAAUUUUUGCUGUCUUCAACCGUGGGGCUGGUAUAAGAAAAUCAAAAAAGGGUUGUACAGUCCAAUUUUAUGAUCCUUUUAAACUGUGCUAGAAUUCAUCCAUGUAUUUUGUACAAUUACUGUUACUUUCUUUUGGUAUAAUCAUUGUUUGUUGUUUCCUGGUUUCUUGU